AUGGGCUACACAGAUGUCGCUCGUCAUCUCACUUGGACGACACGAACCGAAUCACCUCUCAUCAGCGCCAACUUCAGCUUCUCGUGGUCCGUCUGGGACGCCCUCCGCAGAUAUCAUGCGAGCAUGAAGAAGGACAUUCAGAUUGCCGUCAUCGAUGCGCAUCAAGUCGCCCAUAAGGCUGCAACUGCCCUGGAGUUGAUGCAGAAGGAUGCUCCUGCGAAGAAGGACAAAGAGUACUGGAAAUGGAGACGUUAUGCCCUUGAGUCGCAGCUCGUCUUUGUCCAUGGCUCCAUCCCAGGCAGCGCAGUCUACGCGUCCAUCCCCCUCCUCGCCAUCGUCGAGAAGCUCCCCACCUACUUCCUCCUCAGCGAGCUGGACACUGCCAGCCCCGCCGACCUCGCCUGGGACUACAGAGAGAAGCGGUCGUCGUACCAUGCCUUCUGUCAGCUCAUGAGCGAGCGUUUCCUCAAGCUCUCUCCCGAGAGUCGCGUGCGCGAUACGACUGCUGGCGCGGUACGACUUGCGGUGACCUUCCUCCGCCCGUGGUUCCAUGCCGUCGUAGCCGAGGACUUCCCGCUCGCCGUCUCUACCGCUUCCGAGCUUGCGUUCGCCGUCGCGUACUGGCCUGGGCGCUGGUGGGCGCGAGACAAGGAGGAAGUGUGGUUGCUGAUCCGCGCUCUCGUCCGCUUGUUGGCCGAGGAGCUCCGCGAGGCGCACAACUCGCGUGUCACGAGGGAGGUGGAGAAACUUGAGACGACCAUCCAUGCCCUCGAAGAGCAACUUGGAGGAGAAGGUUCGCGCUUACGAGCAGGAUCGCGUCCCUGGCACGCCGUCGCUGAUGAGCGACUCGUUGCCCGAGUACGCAACACCGGGCUCGCCUGGCUACUUCGGUCACCAGUCUAG